AUGACAGCACAGGCGUAUAAUCUUUGGGUGGGAGGCCAGGAAAAGCCGGGCAAUGCAGAGCAGAUACCAGUCGAAGACCCUGCAACAGGUGAAAUAUUCGCAAACUGCCACGCCGCAUCCUCCCAAGAUGUACAUGAAGCUAUCCAGCUGGCGCACGACACCUUCAAGGCUGGGACAUGGUCCAGAGCUCCCCGUCAUGUCCGGGCCGAGGUCCUCGAUAAGACGGCGGAGCUCCUCACCGCGGAGCUUCCCUCACUGAUCCCCCUCGAGGUACGCCAAACCGGACGGGCGAUACGCGAGAUGCGCGCGCAAGUGCCUACGCUGGUCAAGUGGUUUAAAUACUACGCCGCCCUGCUGCGCACCGAAGAGCGUGCGGUUCUACCGACAGUAGGCAAGCUGCACAACUGGAUUGAUCGCUUGCCUCUCGGUGUCGUUGUGCAGAUUACACCCUUCAACCACCCGCUGCUCAUCGCUGUAAAGAAAAUAGCGCCUGCCCUCGCAGCAGGAAACAGUGUUAUCGUGAAGCCCAGCGAAUUGACGCCCCUCACGACACUUCUGCUAGGCAAAAUCCUAAAGGAGGCGGGCGUGCCGGACGGAGUCUUUAGUGUUUUGCCCGGUUACGGUGCGACAACGGGCAAGGCCCUCGUUGAGCACCCUCUGGUUCGCAAAGUCGACGUCACUGGCGGGACGGUGGCGGGAAGAGCCAUCGGAUCAAUCGUUGGCGGCAAUUUGGCGCGGUAUACGGCAGAGCUGGGAGGAAAGGCACCGCUCAUCGUGUUUGAGCAAGCAGACAUUGACGUCGCGGUGAACGGGAUCGCUUUCGGUUCGUUCAUCGCCAGCGGACAGACGUGCGUCGCCAGCACCAGGAUCCUCGUGGAAGAGAAAGCCCUGCAACCACUGCUAGACAAGCUCAAAACCAAGACGGAAUCUAUCCUGCGGAGGAUAGGCUCUCCGAGCAACCCAGACUCAAUGAUGGGACCGCUGAUCUCUGCGAAGCAGUUACAAAACGUAGAGGCGCUUGUCAACGAGGCGCUUGAGGCAGAGGGUGCAGCUCUAGCGGGCGGGCGUCGCAUGUCUGGAACAAGCAGCCUCGACGGUAUCGAUUUUGCCAAGGGCUACUUCUUCGAGCCAACUGUGCUGGUGUCGAAGGCCGAGGGCGACAUCCUCAAGACACGCAUCUGGCGGGAGGAGGCGUUUGGGCCCGUCAUAGUGGUGGCGCCGUUCAAGACGGAGUCAGAGGCCGUGGCGCUCGCCAACGACAGCGACUUUGGACUGGGAGCGGGCAUCUGGACUCGCGACGUGGCGCAAGCGUUUCGAAUAUCGGAGCAGAUUGACGCAGGCAUCGUGUGGGUGAACACACAUCAUCGAAACGACCCCAGCAGUCCGUGGGGUGGCGCAAAGAGUGCGAGCGGCGUCGGGAGCGAGAACGGAAAGGAUGCGUACGAUGCUUACACGACGACCAAGAGUACCAUCAUAAGCUAUGCAAGCUCAGAGGAAGCAUUGGCGACGGAUGACUGGUUCCGAGAGGGAGCUGGUGAUGUGCGGUAUGGAUAG